GGUUGACAGUCGUCGUAAACAUGGCGGACGCAGCGGCACGACAACUCCAAUACGAGUACAAAGCUAAUUCGAAUCUUGUCUUGCAAGCUGACGUACGUUUGAUCGAACGGCGAAGUCGAGAUGAGGCAACCGGUGAGGUCAUGUCCCUGGUGGGAAAAUUGGAUGGAACAAGGAUGGGUGACAGGGCGCAGAGGACAAAGCCAGGUAAAGCAGAAGAACGUAAAGCUAAACGUCAAAAACGUGACGAGGCGCAGUACGAUUUCACGAGAAUGAAGGGUGCGACGCUUCUCUCGGAGGGUGUAGACGAAAUGGUGGGAAUAGUGUAUCGUCCAAAGACCCAGGAAACACGUCAGACUUACGAGGUCCUCCUGAGCUUCAUCCAAGAGGCCCUGGGUGAUCAACCACGUGACAUUCUCUGUGGAGCAGCUGACGAGGUGUUGGGGGCCCUGAAGAGCGAUCGUCAGGACAAGGAUAAGAAGAAAGAGACGGAACUACUCCUGGGACCGCUGCCGGACGAGAGAUUCGCUCUAUUGGUGAAUCUUGGGAAAAAAAUUACAGAUUUUGGUAAUGAAGAGAAGAAUCCAACGAGCGAGGAGAAUAUUGAUGAGACCUAUGGGAUAAAUGUUCAGUUCGAGGAGAGCAGUGAGGAGGACGAUGAGGAUGUUUAUGGAGAGGUCAGGGAGAAUGACGACGAGGGGGACGAGGGGGAGGAGGCGAACGUCGAUCGUUUGAUUCAUGCUGAGAAUCUCGGGGGCACUGAGGAGGCGAAGAAAGAGAAGACCCUUCAUCCCCUGGACAUCGAUGCCUACUGGCUUCAGAGAAGACUCAGCAGGAUCUACAAGGAUGCUGUUGAGUCCCAGGCACGUGCUGCUCAGGUUCUGAAUGUUCUGAAAGAUGCGCCAAGUGAUCGUCAAUGUGAGAAUGAUCUCGUUGGUCUCCUGGGGUACGACUGCUUCGACUUUAUAAAACAGCUCAUGAAACAACGUCACAUGAUUGCCUACUGCACAAUGCUGGCGUCAUCCCAAUCAGAAUCUGAUCGUCAGAAGAUUCGAGAGAGCAUGAAGGACGAUCCAGCACUGGCGAAGAUACUACGACAGUUGGACACUGGUAAAAAUGAUGACGAUGGUAAUGAGACGAUGGAGGCGAGGGCUCAGAGGAAGAGACGAGAGGAGAAAGAGGAUUUGGUGGGACCUGGGGGACAGGUUCAAGGCACCAGGAAUAUUGUCGAUCUUGAGGAUCUAGUUUUUCCUCAGGGUAGUCAUUUUCUGCCUACCGCCAAGUGCACCUUACCCAAAAAAAGUUUCAGGAAGAAGAGGAAAGGGUAUGAAGAGGUGCACGUGCCAGCGCUCAAACCAGAACCUUUUGGCAAAGAUGAGAAACUGUAUCCCAUCGAUCAUCUACCCAAGUACGUUCAGCCGGCGUUCGAGGGCUUCAAAACACUUAACAGGAUCCAGAGUAGAUUACAUAAUACAGCUCUCAACAGUGAUGAGAAUCUUCUGUUGUGUGCACCCACUGGAGCUGGAAAAACGAAUGUUGCUCUAUUGACAAUGAUGAGAGAGAUUGGAAAACACAUCAACGAUGAUGGGACAAUUAAUGCCGAUGAGUUUAAGAUCAUAUACAUCGCUCCAAUGCGUUCCCUCGUACAAGAGAUGACUGGUAAUUUUGGUAAACGUUUGGCCAGCUACAAUAUCACAGUUUCAGAGCUCACUGGGGAUCACCAGCUGACUAGAGAGCAGAUAGCUGCCAGUCAGGUGAUUGUCUGCACCCCUGAGAAGUGGGACGUCAUCACGAGAAAGGGUGGCGACAAGACCUUCACAUCUCUCGUGAGAUUAAUCAUCAUCGAUGAAAUUCACUUGCUUCAUGACGAACGAGGACCGGUCCUUGAAGCUCUCGUUGCCAGAACCAUAAGGAAUAUUGAGACAACCCAAGAAGAUGUGCGUCUUAUUGGAUUGUCUGCCACUCUUCCCAAUUAUAAGGAUGUCGCUGUCUUUUUGAGGAUAACCCCAGAGACUGGAUUAUUCUACUUCGACAACAGCUUCAGGCCAGUGGCUUUGGAGCAGCAGUACAUCGGUGUCACUGAGAAAAAGGCCAUCAAACGAUUUCAAGUGAUGAAUGAAAUUGUUUACGAGAAGACAAUGCUGCAUGCUGGUAAAAAUCAGAUAUUGAUAUUCGUUCACUCGAGGAAGGAAACUGGAAAGACAGCCAGAGCUAUCAGGGAUAUGUGUCUGGAGAAAGACACCCUCGGGGCAUUUUUGAGAGAGGGCUCAGCAUCGAUGGAGGUCCUCAGGACUGAAGCUGAGCAGGUGAAAAAUCAGGAGUUGAAGGAUCUGUUGCCUUACGGAUUUGCAAUUCAUCAUGCUGGAAUGACCAGAGUCGACAGAACUCUUGUAGAGGAUUUAUUCGCUGACAGGCACAUUCAGGUUCUCGUCUCCACAGCAACACUCGCUUGGGGUGUUAAUUUACCUGCUCACACUGUCAUCAUCAAGGGAACCCAGAUUUAUAAUCCUGAGAAGGGACGAUGGGUGGAGCUUGGGGCUCUCGAUGUACUCCAAAUGCUGGGACGUGCUGGCAGACCUCAGUAUGAUACCAAGGGAGAGGGAAUACUCAUAACUAAUCACAGUGAAUUACAAUAUUACUUGUCCCUGCUUAAUCAGCAGCUGCCAAUUGAGUCCCAGAUGAUAGGAAAAAUGGCGGACAUGUUGAACGCUGAGAUUGUCCUCGGGACUAUCCAGAAUAUCAGAGAUGCUGUCAAUUGGCUGGGGUACACUUACUUGUACAUUAGAAUGCUCAGGAGUCCCACUUUGUAUGGAAUCAGUGGUGAUAAGAUCAAAGAGGAUCCACUCCUAGAACUCCAUCGGGCUGACCUCAUACAUUCUGCUGCUAUUCAACUCGAUCGAAGUGGACUCAUUAAAUAUGACAGGAAAUCAGGGAAUUUCCAAUCCACUGAACUCGGUAGAAUAGCUUCUCAUUAUUACUGCACCCACGAGACAAUGUCCACGUAUAAUCUUCUUCUGAAGAGGACAUUGAGUGAGAUUGAAUUGUUUAGGGUGUUCUCACUCUCUGGUGAAUUCAAAAACAUCAAUGUCAGGGAGGAGGAGAAGCUGGAGCUGCAGAAACUUAUGGAGAGGGUUCCGAUUCCCAUCAAGGAGAGCAUUGAAGAACCCAGUGCUAAAGUCAAUGUACUUCUUCAAGCUUAUAUAUCUCAGUUGAAGCUCGAAGGCUUUGCUCUGAUGUCUGAUAUGGUUUUUGUGACUCAGUCAGCCUCUAGGCUGAUGAGAGCCAUUUUUGAGAUUGUUUUGUUCCGCGGAUGGGCACAGCUCGCUGACAAGUGCCUGUCAUUAUGUAAAAUGAUUGAUAGGAGGAUGUGGCAAUCGAUGACACCUCUUCGUCAAUUCAGAAAAAUGCCAGAGGAAGUUGUCAAGAGGAUCGAGAAAAAAAAUUUUCCGUGGGAGAGGCUUUACGAUCUCGGGCCGAAUGAAAUUGGUGAGCUCAUACGAAUGCCAAAACUUGGAAAAACAAUUCACAAAUAUAUUCAUCAGUUUCCAAAACUCGAUUUAUCAACUCACAUACAACCUAUCACGAGAUCGACGUUGAGAGUUGAAUUGACGAUAACUCCAGACUUCCAGUGGGACGAGAAGGUUCAUGGAGCCUCAGAGGCAUUCUGGAUUCUCGUAGAAGAUGUUGACUCCGAAGUCAUUCUUCACCACGAGUUUUUCUUACUCAAGGCCAAAUACGCGAGUGACGAGCACUUGAUUAAAUUUUUUGUGCCGGUAUUUGAACCUCUCCCACCGCAUUAUUUUCUCAGAAUCGUGUCAGACAGGUGGAUAGGAUCAGAGACACAGUUGCCAGUGAGCUUCAGACACCUGAUUCUCCCAGAGAAAAAUCUCCCACCAACUGAAUUACUGGAUCUUCAGCCACUGCCAAUUACUGCCCUGAGAAAUCCCAAAUUCGAGAGCUUGUACUCGGAUAAAUUUCCACAGUUCAAUCCCAUUCAGACUCAAGUAUUCAAUGCAGUUUAUAAUUCCGAUGACAAUGUCUUUGUGGGUGCGCCCACGGGCUCUGGGAAAACAAUAAUAGCAGAAUUCGCAGUGGCUAGAUUAUUAUCUCAGAAAUCUGACGGCAGGUGUGUUUACAUGGUGAGUAAGCAGGCACUUGCAGAGCUAGUCUACACAGAUUGGCUGGUGAAAUUCAAUCAUCGAUUGGGUUACAAGAUAGUUAUGCUAACAGGUGAGACUGGUACAGAUCUCAAGUUAAUAGCAAAGGCCCAGAUUAUCGUAACAACAGCUGACAAGUGGGACGUGCUCUCACGAAGAUGGAAGCAACGUAAAAACGUCCAGAACAUUCAACUCUUCAUCGUCGACGAGCUGCAGUUGAUUGGAGGUGAGGAGGGGCCAGUUCUCGAGGUGGCUUGCUCAAGAGCCAGAUACAUUGCCCUCCAGCUGGAAAGACCCACCAGAAUAGUUGCCCUGUCAGCUCCCCUGGCAGAUGCCAAGGACGCAGCAGCUUGGCUAGACGCACAGGCAGCAGCAACUUUUAAUUUCCAUCCAUCAGUCAGACCAGUUCCCCUGGAGCUUCACGUGCAGGGUAUCAACAUCACUCACAAUGCCUCUCGAUUAGCUGCCAUGGCAAAGCCCGUUUACAAUGCCAUUCUUCGUCAUGCCCCCCAUAAGCCAGUUAUUGUUUUCGUACCUACCAGGAGGCAAGCAAGACUGACGGCCUUUGAUCUGCUGACUUUCGCCGCUGCCGAGGGACAGAAAACCAAAUUCUUCCAUGCUGAAGAGGCUGACAUUAAACCCUUCCUCGAUAGGAUGUCAGAUAAGACGUUGAAGGAGACUCUCUCCCAAGGGGUUGCGUAUUUACACGAGGGACUCUCCAGUGAUGAUCGACAUCUGGUCGAGCAGUUGUUCGAGAGUGGAGCAAUUCAGGUGGCUGUUGCCACUCGAGAUCUCUGCUGGGGACUUGCCAUCAGUUCACAUCUUGUUGUUAUCAUGGAUACUCAGUGUUACAAUGGAAAAACUCAUGCCUACGAGGAUUAUCCCAUUACCGAUGUCUUGCAAAUGGUUGGAAGGGCUAAUCGACCACUUGAAGACGACGAUGCUAAAUGCGUGCUGCUUUGUCAAAGCUCGAAGAAAGAUUUCUUCAAAAAAUUCCUGAAUGAACCGUUGCCAGUGGAGUCUCAUCUGGAUCACAGGCUUCAUGAUCAUUUCAAUGCCGAGAUUGUCACCAAAACAAUUGAGAAUAAACAGGACGCUGUGGAUUACCUCACGUGGACAUUCCUCUACCGAAGAUUAACACAAAAUCCUAAUUAUUACGGUUUACAGGGGGUGACCCACAGGCAUUUGUCAGAUCAUCUGUCAGAGCUAGUGGAGAACACUCUUGGGGAUCUGGAACAAGCCAAGUGUGUGGCAAUUGAGGAUGAUAUGGACACGUUGCCAUUGAAUCUUGGCAUGAUCGCUGCUUACUACUACAUUAAUUACGCAACCAUUGAACUGUUCAGUCUGUCUUUGAAUAACAAAACGAAGAUACGUGGCUUGCUGGAAAUAAUAGCAGCAGCUGCUGAAUAUGAGAGUGUUCCAGUGAGACAGAGGGAGGAGAAUCUUCUGAGGAGUUUGGCUCAGAGGUUACCACAUGCACCACAAGCCCAGAGAAUGGCUGAUCCUCAUAUCAAAGCGCAAUUGCUGCUGCAGGCUCAUUUAUCCAGGAUCCAGCUCGGCCCAGAGCUCCAGAAGGAUACUGAAUUGGUUCUCAGCAAGGCCAUCAGGCUGAUUCAGGCGUGUGUCGAUGUUUUAAGCUCUUCAGGCUGGCUAACACCUGCUGUCGCUGCCAUGGAGCUCGCUCAGAUGGUCACUCAAGCCAUGUGGUCCAAGGAUUCUUAUCUCAAGCAGUUGCCUCACUUCACAGCUGAGACCAUCAAGCGGUGCACUGAUAAGGGAGUGGAGAAUGUUUUUGAUGUUAUGGAGCUUGAGGAUGAGGAUAGAAAUAGACUUCUGCAAUUGACUGAUGCACAGAUGGCUGAUGUUGCUAAAUUCUGCAAUCGAUAUCCCAAUAUUGAGAUGUCUUAUGAGGUGCAGGACAAGGAUAGGGUGUACAGUGGGAGGACUGUCAAUGUUGUGGUGCAGCUGGAACGUGAGGAUGAUGUCACUGGACCUGUUGUUGCUCCUUUCUUUCCACAAAGACGUGAGGAGGGCUGGUGGGUCGUCAUUGGAGAUCCCAAAACCAAUUCAUUGCUGUCCAUCAAACGACUCACUCUACAGCAGACUGCAACUGUCAAACUUGAUUUCGUUGCUCCCACACCUGGACAACAUGGCUACACACUCUACUUUAUGAGUGAUGCGUACUUGGGAUGCGAUCAGGAGUACAAGUUCAAUAUUAAUGUCGGGGAGUAUGAGUCAGAGGGAAGCUCUGCCUCUGACUCUGAGUAAAUUUUCUUUUUCUACUAUAAAAAUUAUUGAGAUGAUCCUUUAGUAUCUAUUCGUGAAGUUUUUAGAUUUAGGAUUCAGUGAAUGUUUCUUACUGACGAACUGUGUACAGAUAUCGUGGGAAAAUUCAAUUGUAAUUAUGAUUCAGGAUAUGAAUAAAUGGUUUUCGAA